CGACUAGUGAGAAUUCGGUAAGGUAUACUCACGUGAUGUUUGUCCUGUUUGACGCGUCGUUACGUCAUCCUUACGCCCGACGUCCGUGUUGCCUGACUUCCACUGCAAUAAUAUAUUAUAUAUAAGGCACAGAGGGUUUGAAAAUACCAUCAGUCUUACCUCACAUUCUGACAAGUACAAACAGUAAAUGAAAGCUGACGAGUUAACCAAUUAACAUCUAUUAACUCAACAAUAUCCGCGAGAUCAAGAAGACUUACUCCUCACGCAAAACAUCGUCAUGCCUCUCAUCGUUCCAAACGUCAGCGAUGAUGACAAGUCCCAAUGGGCGGCUAAACUACUGGGCAAGAAACUGACCGAAUCAACAUCAGACAAUGUGUCAUUCGCAAAGAAGGACCUGCCCCCUGUCCACCGCGUGGUUAAGCCCGGCAUGGCUAUAACAAUGGAUUAUAGGCCGGAGAGGUUGAAUGUACACGUUAGCGAAGACGGAACCGUAACGAACGUGAUAUACGGCUAAGUGGGAGUUUCCCUGUGGAAUGAGGGCCCCCAACUCCAAUGUUUGUCAGAUGGUGUGGUAAUUAUUCCUUUUGAUAGCUGGGAACUUGUGUCGGCCUGUUUUGGGAUUAUGGAUUUAACGAUUUUAUGAAUAUAAAUGCGUUGCAGGAGUACAAUAAAUGUUGUCUAAAAGACCGUCUUUGAAAUUCCAGAAUCCUUGGUAAUUCGCUAGAAAUGUAUAUUACUUGACGUCCCGAAUAUAUUUGCCCCUCAUCCUAUCGUUCUUGCCUAAUGCGCUCCCCUCUGCUCAGUAAUGCCAGAACGGGUUUGUAAUUUAUCUUAUAUGUGAGCAUGUCCAAAGAUCGAUCCGGAACCGUAGACAACUCUCCUUGAAAUCCACUCUCUCCCACACCAAAAUUUCCC